UUGUUUGAUACGUCUUUCGCCAUUUGACUAACAAAUAUUGCUGGUUUUGGGAGUUUUUCGCGUAUUUGAGCUUUGAAUUUGGAUAGAAAUGAAGCCAAGAAGAGUAUCUGACAAUGUAGAUGGCGACAGUUCGGUUAUGAAGACAUGCUGUUGUUGUAUGGACGUGAGGCUCGGCACUAUUGUGCUUGGAUUUUGCCAUCUGUUGAUCCACAUUGCUGGAGUAGUAGUGUUAACUCAGAUGCUUCUACAUCCAGAAUUGUAUGAAGAGAGGUAUUUUGAAACUUAUGGCACAACCCCUCGAUCAGCUGACAACUCAGUUGCAUUGGCUAUAGCAUUUUGUUCCUUUCUGAUCACCAUUCUGCUGAUUUAUGGUGCUAUCACUCGUCAGCCCAGUUAUCUUCUACCUUUCUUCUGUUUACAAGUUUUUGAUUUUUGUGUCAAUCUCCUUGGUGCCGUUGGAGCAAUCAGUUAUAUCCCUGAGCUAAAGCUCAUGCUAAAGAACAAUCCCAACUUUCCUUUUGGUGAAGCUGUGGACAAAGUGGACAUGAGGACUCUGAUGAUGACUGUGGUAGUGGUGUCUGUUGCCAUUCUCUCAAUCAAAGCCUAUUUCAUUGGCUGUGUUUGGUCAUGCUACAAAAUUCUGGUCAAUUUCCGUGUGAAGCAGGCCACCAAUGCAUUCCUGUUUCAUGUUCAAUCAGAUGAAAACGAGACACAGAAUCUGUUACCAAACUACGAAGAUGCAGUGAAGGACACACCCAAGGAGUCACCUCCUCCCUAUACCUCCAACUAAUUUAUCUUCUGUAACCUAGGCAACAGCCACGUUAUGUUGUCAACAAUCCUAAACAUUAGAUGAUUGUAUUGCAGAGAUAUUUGUUUUGU